AUGGACAGUUCAAAAGAAGAUGUCAAGACGGAGUUCGUCGACGAAAGAGCACAACAACCGGAUGAGAUAUACGAUAAUGAUCAUGAAGAUCCGAGGAUCAAGCGGAUCAAACGCAAAGUUGACCUUCGACUGUCGUUGAUUCUGGCAGUGAUGUAUUGUGUCAAUCAGAUUGAUCGGACGAACUUGGGCAAUGCAUCGAUUGCAGGCAUGGACGUCGACUUGAACCUCAUAGGGAACCGAUAUCAAAUUAUUGUCCUAGUCUUCUUCCCAUUCUACAUCCUGGGUAACCCAAUCGCAACGGUUCUUGCCCGAAAACUAGGCCCACGACCAUUCCUCGCAGCCAUCACCGCAGCUUUCGGCCUCGUCGUUGUUGGAAUGGGCCUCUCGGACAACUGGCAGACUCUCAUGGGCCUGCGAAUGCUGCUGGGUAUCUUCGAGAGCUGCUUCUUUCCCUCCGCCAUCUUUCUGGUCUCGAUGUGGUAUCUGAGACGUGAGGUCGCGAAGAGGAAUGCGUUCUUCUACUUGAUCGGAAACUCCGUUGGUGGAUUUGGAGGUGUGCUCGCAUUCGGGCUUCAGCAGAUGGACGGUAUUGCUGGCCAUGAGGGAUGGCGCUGGAUCUUUAUCUGGGAAGGCAUUAUCACGGCCAUCAUCGCCAUCAUUGGCUUCAUCUUCCUUGUCGACUUCCCGGAGGAGGCGCACAAGUCCAAGUUCUUCUUGACCGAUGAGGAGAUCAAGCUCAUGGUCGACCGUGUGGACAGGGACAGAGGAGACGCUCAUGUUACUGAGUUCUCGAUUUGGAAGUAUCUGUCAGAGGCAAAGGAUUGGAAGUGCUGGUGCUUUGCCGUACGUACCCUCCGAGCAAAGUCAUAUAAAAUGUUCACUGACGGGACUACUUAUCUGCAGGCCAACUUCGGCUUCGCUGGGCUGGUCACAUACAGUGUCAGCUACUUCUUGCCAAUCAUCCUGCGAGAAAGCUUGGGCUUCAGCGUCGCCCUGUCACAAUGCUUGACAGCGCCAUGCUACGUCUUUAGCUUCCUUCUCGGCUUCGCUGAAGCCGUAGUGUCGGACAAGACGAACUGGCGCGGCCAUAUCAUCGUAUUCAACUCGGUCUUGAUGAUCAUCGGCGCAAACUCGAACGUCACAGCAUCCAUGACCUAUCAGCAAAACAACGUCGUCGGCCAAUGGAAACGUGCAUUCACAUCAGCAAACAUGGUCGCCAUGGGUGGAGUUGGCGGCAUUAUCGGCGGAUCUGUCUUCCGUGGCCAGGAUGCACCUCAGUAUGUUCCCGGUCUCAUUACCUGCUUCUUAGCAGCAGGUUUAACGAUCCUGAGCGUGAUGGCCACGACCAUCUACAUGAUCAAUCAGAAUCGGAAGCAAGCAAAGGGCCAGAUCGUGAUCGAAGGUGUCCCGGGCUUUCGAUACACAAUCUGA